GCCACACCGCUUCCCAGAGUCGGCUGCGAAAGGCUUGGAGGUGGACCCCGAGAUGGGACUUUUGCUCACGCAGUUUAGCCAGAACAGAACAACUAUAAAGAGAGACACCAUCGACAUGGCGUCGAGCUUCCGAGACGUGAUCGAGCAGCUUACCCAGUUGAGCAGCGAGUUUGAGCGGCAAGCUGCAAAGCUUCAGCAGCUGUCACUGGAGAAUGAGCAGCUGAGAGAGAUUGCACAAGUGCACGCAGACGCCGGAGACAGGACAGGCUCCAAAUUUCGAGCGGAGCCUGGUGAUGUUCGACGCCCAGCCAACGUGCCUCCGACAAAGCGUGCUGCCACCGAUCAUUCUUUAGAGGACGCUGGUUGCGAUCAGGUGCGAAGGGAUAUCUCCGGGCUGCGCCUGGCUGCAUCCAGCCAUAUGCCCCCGCCUCCUGCCGAGGAACCAAGCUCUUUGAAAAAGUCUGACCCCUCGACUUCCGUCAACAGCAGCAGCAGUUUCGCAGAGGUGCAAGAGCUGAGCAAACUGUACACGCAGUCCUGGGAAACUUCUGGCCGGCAGCUUCAAACAUCAAAGUCGAGAGCCUGGGUUGGGAGAUCGCAGGUGUCGAAGUUGGUCAAGGAGGAGAAGAUAGGGUUCAUGAUCAUGCGCGCAGGGAAGACCAAGGAGUUCUCUCAGGGGAAGCCGUGGUACGUCAUCAAUCCCGAAAGCAACUGGUUUGGCACGGGGUGGCAGUGUAUUACCUGCGCAGCAUUGAUCUUCGUGGCGCUCGUCACCCCACUUCAGAUUGGCUUCUUCCAGGUCCAAUGGGACUUCUCGCUGGUGUUUAGUAUUCUGGUGGACACCGUCUUCCUGAUCGACUCCAUACUUCAGUUCUUCACGUCUUACCGGCGGUUGACUGCUCGCGGCAUGCAGUGGGAAGUCCGUCUCCACAAGAUAGCACUCAAUUACUUGAAGACGUGGUUCGUACUUGAUGUGAUAACCCUUGUUCCCUUCGACAUUCUCGGUUUGACCAUGGGCAAUGAGGGCGUCGCGUCCUGGAAAUCCAUCCGCGCUCUGCGAGUGCUCCGCUUGCUGAAGCUCUUCCGGCUAUUGAAGACGUCCAGGAUCAUGCACCGCUUCGAGAUUCCCUACUCUAUACCCUACCAGCACAUCGCGCUUUUCCGAUUCCUUGUGAUUCUGCUCCUCAUGGUCCACUGGCAAUCCUGCGUUUGGGCCAUGACGCUGCAGCUGGUUGAUGGAGACCAGCCGCAAUGGCUGGAUGACAUCGAGGCCACGGAUCUGCUUUUCGGAGCUGAUCGGGACUCAGCCCUCACCACGUACAUCGCAUCCUUCUAUUUCUGCUCAUACACCAUGACUUCCGUCGGCUAUGGCGAUCUGGGUCCCAAAAAUAUUGUGGAACGCCUGAUCUGCAUCUUCAUGGUGAUGUCGUCUGGCCUUUGCUGGGCAUACGUCUUGGGCGAGGUGUGUGCAAUCGUGGCGGACUUUAACGCAGAGAGCCAGAUCUUCCGGAAGAAGAUGCACCAUCUGAACAGGAUGAUGGCCGAUCAGGAGCUGCCUUUUGAGAUGCGAAGUCGCUUGCGCAGCUUCUUCCUCUCCAACAGGUUUCUGAUGCAGCAUCUGCAUCAGCAAGAGCUCCUGGGACAGCUUAGCCCGCAGCUGCAGUCGGAGGUCUGCACGGCGCUGCACUUAACAUGGAUUGCCAAAGUCCACUUCUUUGCUCAGUUCAUGCGGCUUGUGGAUGCGCUGGAAAUGCGUGGAGUUCACACGGCUCCUUAUCGAGCCUGCGUCGCCGACAUCUCUCGUCAGCUUGAACUGCAAGCCUUUGCUCAGCAAGAAAGCUUCGACAAUGUGCAGGUGCUCUACAUCCUCUCCAAAGGACUGGUUGCUUUGAACAGCCAUGUUCAGAAAGAUGGUGCUGUAUGGGGCGAAGACUUCGUCCUCUCAGACACGAGUUUGAUACGACCGGUUGCAGGCUAUGCUCUAACGUACAUCGAGGUGCUCUACCUCACGCGGGAACGGUUCAUGGGAGUCAUUGAGCGACGAAAGCGCACCUGCCCUCAACUUGGAUACAUUGUCAGGCGCUACUGUGUGCGAGUGGCCGUGUUCCGUGGGGUUAUCGCAGAAGCUCGACGACGCGUGCGACGUCAAGUGAGGAAGGAACUGGCAGAGGCAAGUGCCGGAAAGCUGACGAGCAGUCCUCCGCAGUCGCCAGACAGUGCCAUGAAGGAGGCGUUGCUGCCAGGCAGCGUGCCCGUGCUGUCCUUACUGGUUGGUGCCGGCGAUUCGGCUCCCCAGGCCACAUUGGUGCGAAGAGCUGUCACAGGGGCGGCGGGAGGAGAGGAAGUGCGACACCUUCCCCCAGCAGUCCAGGAGCGUGUGGAGGCUCUGAUGCGCGAGGUCGAGCGCUGGAGCCUCGAGCUGCAGCGCCACAACGCUGAGGACUGGAACCAAUGCAGCUCUGUCCUGGUGAGGGCCUCAGCUCCAGCAGACGGAGUGACCUGGCAGAGUGCAGAACGGCAAUGUUCAAUGUUUAAAUGGGAACUCCCAGAAGCAGCACCUAUUGCCCUCUGGCAAAUUUCAGGUGUGAUCCAGAGUCCUGCAAUGUGUCAGCGAUUUGGGGUCCUUGCCACAUUCAAGUGGAUGGCCAUGAAUGGCCGUACUGUGCAUGACCUGCCCCACACUCCCCGGAGAAACUGGUGGCAGCAGCGGAUUUGUACAGCUGAGCUGGGAGGGCUGUUAGUUGCCGCUGGUCUGGCAUGGGAUAAGGGGGAAUACCAGAACACCAGAGCUGCGCAGCGGUUGGAACGUGCCGGCUACGACGUCUUGGCAGGAUGGUUGGCGCCAAUGGCUGGUGGACCACUGUCUCCUGAAUUUCGCCUGGCAGCUGUCCGUGAAGCCGUGCAGGCUGAAGGACUCCUGGAGGCAUCAGCCUGGGCCCUUCGCCAGGAGCCAGUCAAGGAGCUGGAGGUGCUGGAGAGCUUGCGAAAGGCCCUCGUCGAGGAGACGGGUCUCAGCUCAAAGUCCGCUCCGCGGGUGAGGGUGGUGGCUGUUUGUGGUGCGGAUGACACCAAGAAGUACCAGAACCUCAAACCCCAGGAGAUGCUCGGGCUGGUGGUCGUGCCGCAGCCGGGCGAGGAGGAGUUUCUUCUGGAGCGCCCCUUGCAACAAGUCUACGUGUCCGAAGCACCGACCGGAAAGGGUGGGAAGCUGACCUCAGAGCAGCUUGCCGAAGCCAUCACAGGUGGCGACCUGGCCUUCGUAGCGGAGGCUCUUCCAGAGAAUGUUCUGCGGCUCGUCUUGAGGCCGACCCGUGAGGAGGAAAUGGCCUUCGAGCAGGAUCUUGCAAAGCUUUUGCCACAGGUCCCGGACAGCACCUGGCCCGCCGGAAAGCUGAUGCAGAAGCUUGUGGCCUAUGACCACGAGGGCACCCUGGCGCUGCUCAUCCUUAGUGAUGCCAUGGCGCCCGCCAUGAAGUGCCACGUAGAUCUGCUGGAGAAGGCCAGAGAGAGACUAGAACAGAGAGGCUAUAGAGUCGUCGGCAUGUGGCUCUCGCAGCUUGCUCGCAUUCGGGAGAAGAGAAAAUGUCCUGCUGAGAUGCCUGCGACCUACCAGGCUGGCCGCGGCCUGGACCAGGGGGCGCUGCAGCGGCUCUUGGACCGAAAGGGUGCCAGCCAGGGCAUUCUCAAGGAGUUGCCCGCUGAGGAUCGGUCGAAACAGUGGGAGGGGCUCAUCGGCAGCGGGAAGAAGAAGCUUCGCUGCUCCCAGUGCACCAGGCCGAUCCACGAUGACGUGACGGCAAGGCAGUUGAUCUGUGACAGAUGCUACUCUGCCAGCGUUCAGGCAGAUCGGCCGGGAAAAGACCAGCGCCACAGGAAGUCGCUGGCCCUUGACAGCUGCGUGGACGAGACCAGCCAGGCGCAGGAGCUUUGUCGGACACCAAGCACGGAAGCAAACUCGGAGGAGCUAACGGCAUCUCAGCCUCCAACGCCACAAGAUGCCGGCAUCCCAUCUUCGGUAGAUUUGACUUCUCUGAAGAAGCAGCUUGCCGGUGAAUGGCUCGGGCGGCAAGGCUGCAAGUACCAGGUGGUCUUCGGGGACCUCCAUGAUAUCCACGUCACGCGCGUGCACCAGGAUUCACCUGCACAGCCAGAUGUGCCGCUGUACUUGGACAUUCGAGAAAGGUUCCUGUGGUGGGGAAAGGACAGACUCUAUUUCCUAGAUUUGUCUGAGGUUGACUGGACGUCUGAGCCAGCAAGCCUCGUGUGGCGCGACCCAGGCUGUGGCCAGCGGCCGGACAUGGAGUGGCAGCGACUUAUUCCUGAACGCAACGACAGCUCAGGCAGUCAAGUUCGAGUCCAGCGCUGGGCUCGACGGACACCUGGCCAAGCUGGCAGCGUGGAUUUCGCACAGGAGCCAGCAAGCAUGCCAACCCCAGCAGACUCUGGGUCAGCUCAGUCCGCUUCUUCGCCCCAGGACGCGGAAGCGAAGCCGCGGCAGCCGAAGGCGCAGACUUCAUCGCGCGCAGUCUGGAAGCCUGUUGCGGGGGCAGACUUCAAGGAAAAAGUUCAGGAGGUGCCUGACGAGAGCCGCAAGGCGGCGACGGACCGGAAGGACCAGCUCGCCGAAGCAGCCCUGCGGGAGAUCAUCAGCCAGCUGAAGCGGCCUGGCAAUGGUGGCUACGUUUGGGUCGACGACUGGAACGAACGGUUCAAUGCCACCUUGGGCACCGUGAGGAAUUUCAUUGAGUCCAAUCCGGACAAGUUUCAAGUCACACCGACUACAGGGAGGGGCUACCGAGUGAUGCUCGUGUCUGAAACGCGACCGUCCAAACCGGUGUGGCGAAAGCUUCGCGGCGGUUCCUGA